GGGAGGUCCGCACGCCUUGCCUGAAGGAGCUGGAUGCCUUCUGGAUCAAACAUGAAUGACCUGCUGAAGGUGCCCCUGUUGCACGUCCUCACCCUGGCAGCCCUCAGCUUGGCUGAGACACUUCUAAAAGCUCCCUUGAUCAGCACUCCUCUGGAAACCGUGGAUGCCCUCGUAGAAGAUGUUGCCAAGUUUGUCUGUGUAGUGGAGUCAUAUCCUGAGCCGGAGAUUACAUGGACACGCAACAGCAUUCCCAUCAGGCUGUUUGACACACGGUACAGCAUCCAGAGGAAUGGGCAGCUCCUGACCAUCCUGAGCGUGGAGGACAGUGAUGAUGGGGUGUACUGCUGCACAGCAGAUAACGGGGUUGGAGCAGCUGCCCAGAGCUGUGGGGCUCUCCAGGUGAAAAUGCGACCCAAAAUAACCCGUCCACCUAUAAAUGUGGAAAUAAUAGAAGGGUUAAAGGCUGUUCUUCCAUGCACUACAAUGGGGAAUCCAAAACCUUCUGUUUCGUGGGUCAAAGGAGAAACAGUUGUAAAGGAGACUGCUCGCAUUGCUGUCCUUGAUUCUGGGAAUUUAAGGAUACACAAUGUUCAGAGAGAAGAUGCAGGACAGUAUCGUUGUGUAGCCAAGAACAGUUUGGGCACAGCCUAUUCGAAACCUGCAACUGUGGUGGUGGAAGUGUUUGCCAGAAUCCUGAAGGCUCCUGAAUCCCAAAACAUCACCUUUGGGUCCAUGGUGACAUUGCGGUGCACGGCGACAGGCCUUCCAGUCCCUACUGUCACCUGGCUGGAAAAUGGGAAAGCUGUUUCUGCAGGGUCUGUAGCAGAAAGUGUCAAAGACAGAGUGGUUGAUUCCAGACUGCAAGUGUACGUCACCCGACCUGGCCUGUUCACUUGCCUCGCCACAAACAAACACAGCAAAACUUUUGGAGCUGCAAAAGCAGCAGCAACCAUCAGCAUUUCAGAAUGGAGGCUGUACAAGGGUGAGGCCGGUUACUGCAGCACGUACAGAGGUGAGGUGUGUAGUGCUAUCUUGGCGAAGAAUGCUCUUGUUUUCUUCAACUCCUCAUAUGCUGACCCAGAGGAGACCCAAGAGCUGCUUGUGCACACUGCCUGGACUGAACUGAAAAUGGUGAGUUCAUUCUGCCAACCGGCUGCUGAGUCUCUGCUGUGUAACUACAUCUUCCAGGAGUGCAAUCCCUCGGGAGCUGGGCCAGCUCCAAAACCAGUGUGCAGAGAGAAUUGCCUUGCUGUAAAGGAUCUCUACUGCUUUAAGGAAUGGCUCUCAAUGGAGGAGAACUCUCAGAAGGGGAUUUACAAGCCAGGGCUGAUGCUGCUCACUCUUCCUGAAUGCAAUAGGCUGCCCAGCCUGCACCAAAAUCCCAGCUCCUGCACCCACAUCCCUUUCUUUGAUUUUAAGAAGGAGAACAUAACCAGGACUUGCUACAGUGGCAAUGGCCAGUUUUACCAGGGCACAGCCAACAUCACAGCAUCCGGGAUUCCCUGCCAGAAGUGGAGUGAUCAGGCUCCCCACUUGCACAGGAGGACUCCUCAGGUUUUCCCUGAGCUGUCUGAUGCUGAAAAUUACUGCCGCAAUCCAGGAGGUGAGAACGAGCGUCCCUGGUGCUACACAAAGGAUCCAGCUGUGACCUGGGAAUACUGCAGCGUGUCUCCCUGUGGAGAUGCAUUGUUAUCACUAGGAACAAGAAAACCAAGUGGAGACACUCUAAAUCUUCCCCCUCCUCCUCCGUUUUCCCCUACGUACUCCAUGACCGUUAUCAUCUCGAUCAUCUCCAGCUUUGCUCUGGUUGUGAUCUUUGGCAUUGUGACCCUGGUUUGCUGCCGUCAGCGAAAACAGUGGAAAAACAAAAAAAGAGAGUCGGAGACACCAACUCUCACCACUCUGCCCUCCGAGCUGCUCCUGGACCGGCUGCACCCCAACCCAAUGUACCAACGCAUGCCCCUUCUCCUCAAUCCAAAAUUGCUUAGCCUGGAGUAUCCCAGGAACAAUAUUGAAUAUGUGAGAGAUAUUGGGGAAGGAGCAUUUGGGAGAGUCUUCCAAGCCAGGGCCCCAGGGCUGCUGCCAUAUGAACCUUUCACCAUGGUGGCUGUGAAAAUGCUGAAGGAGGAAGCAUCUGCAGACAUGCAGGCUGACUUUCAGAGAGAAGCAGCUCUCAUGGCAGAGUUUGACAAUCCGAAUAUCGUCAAGCUUUUAGGCGUGUGUGCGGUUGGGAAGCCGAUGUGCUUGCUGUUUGAGUACAUGGCCUACGGAGAUCUAAACGAGUACCUGCGUGACCGCUCACCCCGCAACCUCUGCAGCCUGGCGCAGGGCAGUCUGGACACAAGGAUUCGCCUCCCGAACCCCCUGGCACUGUGCUGCACCAGCCAGCUCUGCAUUGCCAAGCAGGUUGCUGCUGGCAUGGCGUACCUCUCUGAGCGCAAGUUUGUCCACCGGGAUUUGGCCACCAGGAACUGCCUGGUGGGGGAGAACAUGGUGGUCAAAAUUGCUGAUUUUGGUCUCUCAAGGAACAUGUAUUCGGCUGACUAUUACAAAGCAAAUGAGAACGAUGCCAUCCCCAUCCGCUGGAUGCCCCCUGAGUCCAUUUUCUACAACCGCUACACCACAGAGUCUGAUGUGUGGGCCUAUGGAGUGGUGCUGUGGGAGAUCUUCUCCUAUGGCAUGCAGCCCUACUAUGGGAUGGCUCAUGAGGAGGUCAUCUACUAUGUGAGGGAUGGGAAUGUCCUCUCCUGCCCAGACAAUUGUCCCCUGGAGCUCUACAACCUGAUGCGCCUCUGCUGGAGCAAGUUGCCUGCCGACCGGCCAGGCUUUGCCAGCAUCCACCGCAUCUUGGAGCGCAUGUACGAGAGGGCUGUGGCCAACAUGUCGGUCUGAGGGGUGCAUUUUCUUCCUUGACUCCUAUGUCCACCUAUCCACACUGACUUGGACCAGCCCAUGAGCUCUGAGCAAUGCUGGCUUCACACAAAGUCUGCUCAGGGGAGGAGAAACGGCUUGUUCCACUACCAAGACUGGACCCCCUUAUGCACCUCCUUGAGUGGGACUGUACCUCCCAAACCACAGGGCUGACAUUUAGCCACCAAGACAGGACUCAGGUUGCUGAAAGUGCUGGCCAUGCUAACUCAGUACUUAUAUUUAGCAUUUCCAGGAGCACAGGAUUGCCCAGGGAAGGCAAAACAAUGUUUCUUCCUAACUAAUGUUUUUUCCCUGCCUAACAGGUCCCGCCAUGCCUUUCUGCAUUUAUGCUCUUGGCUUUUACCUUUUCCCCCCCCUUCCUCUUACGUUUUCAAGUAUUAUUUAAAAAAAAAAGAUUGCAGAGUUCAAUCUUCUUUUGGGGAUAUUGUUUAUUAUUUUAUUUUUGCAUACUGUUUACUAUUUUGUUUUUGCAUAACUAGUUCUUUUUUGCAGAUAAAUGAUGUUUUUGAAGCCAUAGGCCACUUUCUUCUUCCUUUUAACUUCCACUCUCAUGACAAUAACACUGACAGAAUCAAAACAGGAGCCUGCUGGACUACUGGCAGCCACCUGCGUCUUAUGUUACAGAGACAAGCAAACUCCUGUCAAGCAUGACACUUUCCAUUUUUCAGUGUGGGAAAUCCAGAGUGAUGUUCAUUUUAUGUUUGUUAAACUCUCACCUAAAAGCUUUCCUUAAGCAUUGAAGCACUUCUUUCCUGCUUUCCCCUGAAGCAAAAAAGCCAUUUGGUGCUAAGGGAGAAAUUAAUCCCAAAGGCCUGGUCCUGCACCUUGUAGGCAUCCAAGGUAUGUUUAUUUGCUGCUGCAUGGUCCUCACCGUGCCAAAAGCAGGGAGAAAGGUAGCCCCUGUUGCAGAAAUGUGGCAGGUUGAAUUAAUUGUUUAUUUCCUUUUCCUUUACAAUCUUUGCCUCCUGCUUCUGGUUUUCCUUUCCUGAGAGUAUCUCCUAAGUCCCACUACAGUAUUUGCUGGCCACCUUUCCUUGUACUGCAUUUUAGAGAUACAGAAGUAAGGAAGGUGGAUAUCUGCCAGCAGUGGCCUUCAGAGACAACCUGUCAGUUAGGAGAAGGUGGAGAAAGUGGGUGCACACAAGAAGUAUUGCCAACUGUCCACCUGCAGGGCAAAGAUGACACUGCCUCAGUUACACAUAGCCUGCAGCCCAUCUCCAAACGCCAAGUGCUUCUCUGCUAAAAGUGCUCCAAAUUGUAAUAGAUACUUCAGUGACAGAAAAAAUUUUAUUCCUCUGGUGACAGGUGUAAGAUUUUAGCUCUUGUGGAGUGAGGAACAGUUGCCCCAGAGCCUCAUUGCUGAUACAAAAUAUAUUCUGAGUCUGGGAUGUGGAUUAUGACUGAAGAGCAGGAGUGCCAGUGAAUGAGUGUUCAGUGUGGCUUCUGUAACUGGGACACACUGGUUUAGCCUACCCAGAAAGCAGCAGCAAAGACCAGCUACCUAUGGUUUCUGAAAGGUAAGCUUGAAAAGAUCUGUCAACCAUUGUGAAGAACAGAACUGGAAAGAACAUACUUUCCUCUGCUGCUCUCCUGUUUGUUUGGGUUUUUAUUUUUAUUGUAUUUUUUUUUAAUAGCCAUAGUUUGUACUGACUGUGGCCACAAGAGCGUAGUUUCACGUUUUCAGACCACUGGUGUCAUUUUCACUUGGAGCAAAGAGCUUGCAAUUACCAAAGACAGUGGCAGGGAGGAAGUUUGGGCUGCAAAAUGUUGAAGUGCUAAAAGGGUAUCUGCACAGUGAGCACAAAAUGGCCAGUGCUGUCUUACUCAUUUAGCAGUCCUACCAGGAUGCUACUAUGACACAGCAGUUUACUGAGGUUUGGAUGCUAAAGACAAAUACCCUCGAAAACCCCAAAGCCCUCAAUUUAAAUAAAAGUUAUACUAGAGUCCUUAUAUAGCUCCUGUUACUGCAUUAUGACCACCCUGCAGUGUGCACCAUUAAAUUUUUGUUAGGUUGUAUCAGUUCCCCAUCUGUCUUCAUGUUCUGAGGAAGCAGGAGCGAGGAGGCAGGCCUGGAGGGAUGGGGUGUGAGUGGCAUCCCCUGCUGAGUGGCAUCCCCAGCUGAGUGGACGUGCCUGCAGCCUCUGCCAAGCUGAGCCCAGCACUUGCAGCGUCUCUGUAAGGUUGGGUGCACAUUCAAGAUCCUUGCAGUGCUCAAGGCACCAGGCAUUUUGUCACCCUCUUUAGAGAGGGUCAGAAGUUGUGUGUGGGUAGUGGUGUGGGUCCAUGUACCUAGCACCUCCUCUGAAGAUGGAAUGAUUCUCAGGCUAAGCAAAGUGCACAGUAACAGAUGCAAAACCUGCACCAUGAGCUAAAUGUAAACAAACACACCCAUUUACAGUCUGGAGGACAGUCUGCCUUUCUGCCUUCUAGGAUCCCAGUGCUGGCUUCAAUUGUUCAUUCUCCCUUUCCCCCAGGAAAAUGAUUUUGAAACCACAAUUACAGCUUUCUUCUUGUUAGCUGCCUGUAACGGCACAUGCUUGGAAUUUUCAUUCACUUCCUUUGUGAAAGAAAGACUCCCACAAACUUGGAAGUGUAACCCUUCUCAUCUCAUUUUCCUUUCCCAAAUGCUUCUCUCAGCGACCCCAUACUUAGGACAGCAGUGGAAAAUUUGGUAUUCCUCAUCCAGCAUUCCAGCCUUUGCAUUAUAAGCAUGCACUGAAGUAUGUGGCAGUCAGAGACUGCAGGUCGGGAGGGAAAAAGCUUCCUUUGUUGCAGGAGGAAAAGGAUCAUUUCAAGACAGACUCAGAGAAGCUCUCAGCAACGUGCUCUCCAGGGAUGAUAAUCGCUUCUGCGUACCGAUCCAGCAGGAGGGCUUAGCACCUAAAUGGUGCUGUCCUGUGAGGAUUAAACUGUAGCAGAACUUCUGCUGCCUUAGUUGUGUAGCUGGAUUUUACUGUUUCCUUCUGCUGUACACUUUUCAGCUUGCUAGGAGCUGGAGGCUGACUGCUUUCAUGACAUGCCUUCUUACAUAGAUUUUUUUUCUCCUCCUUAUGUUUAAGAUUCUGCUGUCUUCAUUCUCUGCUAUACAGUCUGCUACACCAGAUUCUUCUAGACUUCCUGUAUUAUUAUCAUGUAACAUGAAUUAUUUUGAAUGGGAAUAAACAAAGGGAUUAUGAGAGAGUAGAAGAGAAAGAAAAGUUUGUUACUCAAAAAAUUGCUUGGAAGCAAAAAUAUUUUGCUUCUCUAGUUUGGAUUUAUAAUUCAUGUGGAGAGAGAGGAUGAAUCAAAAAUGAACAUUUUUGUGUUCAUUUUAGAAAAUUUGUGUGCUGCAAUGCAGAGCACUUUUCUACAUUUAGUUCUGUCCAUACUGGCCCAAAAAAUAUGGAACACUUCAUGAAUUUGCAUGUCACCCUUGUGCAGGGACCAUACUAAUACAUGAAUUUAAAAUGAACCUUUUUGGUGCUUCGGUUCCCAUUCCCACUGAUAGCAGAGGGAGCCAGCAAUCUGGGGCACUGGAUGAGAACCCCAAGAAGAGGAUUUGCAGCACAUUCAACGUACCCAUUCCCUCUGGAAGUGUGCUGCCUUAAACACUGGCAGCACAUAUAUAUCUUUAUCCUGGGUAACUAUUGCGACAUCCGAUCAGCCAAAGAGCACAGAAAUCCUCUCAUGCUCCUGUGCCUUUAUUUAACAGUUGCAUUUAAAAUGCACUUUUAUAAGCAUAUAUUCCAUAACUGAUUGGACACUGUUUGCUACAUGAUCAAAUUUGGUUCAGAGGAACUUCCCUUCAAACACUUUGUGGGCUAAACGUAACUGUCUCGUCUCAUUUACCCAAGGGUGUAUGGUAGUUAUUGUUCUGCGAUUGUUAUACCUUCAUGAAUGAUGGCUUUGAAAGACAUCCCUAGCAGAGAUGUACAUUUCUCAUCAUCUCAACUUGUGUAACUCAUGUGUGCAAUAUUUUAUAAAAUAAAGAGACAUUGAAAAGUAUAAUA